CUGAAGUUUUGGAGUUGGCAGGAAAUGCUGCUCGGGACAACAAGAAAUCACGUAUCACACCAAGACACAUUCUCCUUGCCAUUGCUAAUGAUGAAGAACUACAUCAGCUGCUACGAAAUGUCACCAUUGCUUCAGGAGGAGUUCUGCCCAAGAUUCACCCGGAGCUGCUUGCAAAGAAGAAAGGUGGCAAGUUUGUUACGGGGGGCAACACGCCUGUUUCUGUACCGUACAAAAAGCCUAUUGCUACCAAGCCACCUGCACACAAAAAGAUAACGACAACCAAAAUGAAUGGUAAUGUUAGUGGAGCGACAGCAACUAGCACCACUACCACAACUAUACCAAACUCUGUGUCAUUGCCCAAAUCUCCAAAUUCUGCCUCUAAUGUUACAUCUGGUUCAGCCUCACCACUGAAGCUAAGAGCCAAGGGAAAAGACAUGAGCCCUGUUCAACCGCCGUCCGGGACCUUUACCAUACUCUCAGAAAAGAAACUCUUCCUUGGACAAAAGUUGACGGUGGUUCAGUCAGACAUAUCAACAGUAACAGCAGAUGCUGUUGUCCAUCCCACCAACUCCAACUUGGACUUCCUGGGAGAGGUGGGACUAGCCUUAAGUAAAGCGGGAGGGAAGGAACUUAUACAAGAAGUCCGAGAUCUGGCCAAUUGCAAUGGAGCUUUGCCAUCCUGUGAUGUGGCUGUUUGCAGUGGGUGCAAACUUCCUGCUCGCUGGGUCAUCCAUGUCAACGGGCCAACUACUGGAGAUGUAGACGCUUUUGACAAGCUGGAGCGCUGCGUCAAGAACUGCCUUGUUCUUGCCGAUACUCGUAACCUCAAGUCACUGGCGCUGCCCUCCAUUGGAAGUGGAAAGGCUGGGUUUCCCAAACAACAAGCAGCACAAACUAUCAUCAAGUCCAUUUGUAACUACUUCGUCAACGUCAUGUCCUCAUCAUUGAAACAGAUUUACUUCGUCCUCUAUGAUAUGGAAAGCAUCGGGGCUUACACAGCAGAACUAGCAAAGCUGGAUUCUUAAAGAUGUGCAAAUGUAUGUGACUGUGUGUCAUUGUGUAUGGAUUUUUUACAAGCCUCAAAAGUAACAGUACAAGAUAACUCUCCCGAUGAAAUAUCUCCAGGACUUAGGACAGCUCAAAAUAGCCUUGGCAUAAUAAUAAUAGUAAUAAUAACAACAAUAUAAUAAACAGAACAGGAAUAAUAAUGAA